AUGGACCUUGGUCCCUUACUUCGAACUGACUCAUAUGAUGCUUUCCUCCUAAACCCCCAAGACAUUGGUGGGAGGAGGUUGGUGGAAGAUGGUCACAGAGGUGCCUCACCAGAAGGGAGUUGGCCACCCUUCAACACAAAAGAAAGUUGUCAAGUUGGAUGUCUAAAUGCGAGAACAAUGUAUGUGACAGGAAGAUCAAGUUUAGUGGCACAGGAAAUCAAGAGAUACAACUUGGAACUUGCUGGAUUGAGUGAAACUAGGUGGCUUGGGUGUGGAAAAGUAAGAAUAGAUGUGUUGUUCAUCUAUUCUGGUAAAGAACAGGGAGAACAUGAGAGAGGUGUAGCAAUUGCUUUGAGUAAGAAAGCUGAAAAAAUGUUGGAGCAUUAUGAAUAUAUUGAUGAGAGAAUAGUCACUUGCAGGUUGCGAGGUAAAUAUGCAAACAUCACCGUUAUACAGGUGUAUGCCUCUACUGAAGAGAGUGGAGAAGACGAGAAGGAUGAAUUUUAUGAAAAGCUAACUGGAGUUAUACAGAGGGUUAGAAGACAUGAUAUGUUGUUACUGAUGGGGGAUUUUAACGCUAAAGUAGGAAGAAAGUAUGAUGGCUUUCAGGGAACAACUGGAAAAUUUGGAAUUGGAGCUAGAAAUGAUGAUGGGAGAAGACUCCUAGAGCUAUGUAGUGCAUCUGGGUUAUCUAUAACAAACACAUUUCAACCAUAA